CGCGCGCACUCGCCAACGAGAAGGAAUCAAUUUUGCUCAGCUAUGGAAGACGCCUAUAGAGGGACUGUGUUUUAUUAUGAUUUCGCUUGAAUGUAUCUGUGGAAUCUCGGGAAGAGGAUUACAAAAUGAUAUGUAAUUAAAAGCGCGUAUAACGGAUCUUUUAUUCAUCUCCUUUCCUUUAUGUCGGGUUUUGCCUCCUGUAUUCAUUGUGCCCAAUGAGAAGAAUUAAGCUAUCCGUCCAUUCAGUUCCACUCAAAAGGAGGGAGGAAAAAAACAGAGGGAGAUGAGAGCAGCAAAUCCCUUUUUUAUUCAUCUUGUUGCGUUCAAUAAGUGAACAAUGUGUCGCCUAUCAGUCACCGAGGGGAUCAGGUCCACAGGACUGUCCCACGCGCUCAGUGCUCUGAGCAGAGCAUCACUAAGACACAGACUGUAGGAGCAGCAGCAGUGGCAUCCCGUCCAGGACCUUUUCUGUGACUUCUGCACAUAGCGCACAACACUCGGACAGAUCCGAUCUCUCAAGAUUUUAUCAAGAAACAUUGACGCACAUUGUCAGUUGCACUGGAAUGUGGAGUGAUAUCAUGCGGGUAUUUGCGUUGCUUCUCGCAGUCAAAGCGGCAUGUGUUCUCCUGGUCUCCUCUCUCACUGGCACAGGGGCAGUGAACAACAGCGGCCGGUGGUGGGGCAUUGUAAAUGUAGCAUCCUCAGGCAAUCUCCUUACCAACUCCAAAAAUGUGCAGUUGGCACUGGACCCCAGCCUGGCAUUGCUAAGUCGUCGCCAGAGAAAACUGAUCAGGCAGAACCCUGGCAUCUUGCAUGCCAUUGCGGCAGGCCUGCAUACAGCCAUCAAGGAAUGCAAAUGGCAGUUUCGUAACCGCCGAUGGAACUGUCCAACCACCCACAGCCCCAAUGUCUUUGGCAAAAUUGUCAACCGAGGUUGCCGUGAGACUGCGUUUGUGUUUGCCGUCACGAGUGCGGGUGUUACUCACGCUGUGGCCCGGUCCUGCUCUGAGGGGGCAAUUGAGUCCUGCACCUGCGACUACCGGCGCCGAGGUCCUGGAGGGCCAGACUGGCACUGGGGAGGCUGCAGCGACAAUGUGGAAUUUGGCAGGAUGUUCGGACGAGAGUUUGUGGAUUCCAGUGAGAGGGGCAGAGACCUACGCUAUCUGACCAACCUGCACAACAAUGAGGCAGGAAGAAUGACAGUCGCAUCAGAGAUGCAACAAGAGUGCAAGUGUCAUGGGAUGUCUGGCUCUUGUACUGUACGAACCUGCUGGAUGAGACUGCCCAGCUUCCGUGUAGUGGGAGACUUCCUAAAGGACCGCUUUGAUGGUGCAUCCCGAGUGGUGUAUGCCAACAAAGGCAGCAACCGUGCUUCUCAUCGGGCUGACCCCCGCCAUCUAGAGCCAGAGAAUCCAGCACAUAAGCUUCCGUCUGUUCGGGACCUGGUCUACUUUGAAAAGUCACCAAACUUCUGCUCUUACAAUGGCAAAACAGGCACGCAUGGCACUUUAGGACGCACUUGCAACAGUUCAUCGCCCGCACUGGACGGUUGUGAGCUGCUGUGCUGUGGAAGGGGUUACAAGACUCGGAUGGAGCAAGUCACGGAAAGAUGCCAUUGUACUUUCCAUUGGUGCUGUCACGUGAGCUGUCUCAACUGCACCCAUACACAGACUGUCCACCAGUGUCUAUGAUGGACAAGGAGAACAAGCUGAAAAACUGGAGGCAAAGGGAUGUAACUGGCUACAAGGUCCCAAACUGGGUAUUGAUAGGGGCUUUUGUUUUGUAUAGGAGAUAAUGAACAUGUCAAGAUUACAUGUACUGGAUUAAAGGUCUAGGAAAUGUGGAAAGGGUGUUAGGACUGAACACAAAAAUGUCCGUUGCAUAGCAAAGUAUAUUCAAUGUAUAAACUACUGAGAAUGCUUUUAGGAGCUCUGUUCAUAAAACAGUGUUGCUCAAGUGCCAAACUCUUAGCUGAUGGCAGGCAUUGAAAAAAAUAUUUGUGAAUUUUGAAACUUAUACUGCAGCCUUGGGCUCCAAUCUAAUGAAACGGGACAAGAACCACUAUGCACUGUGCAAAACUAUGAGCAGGAAAGAGUGUCCAUGUAAACGAAGGCUGAAAAUACUUUGAAAUUUAGAGUGCAGCACCACCAGGCUUGAGGUUCUACUAUGUAUUCUCUCUUCUAUGAUACUUUGGGGAACAUAGAAGCUGAAAAGUAGUACAGUAACUGGACACACUUUGACAGAUGUUCCUGUGGUAAGGGAACCACAAGCAUGCUCUCUCAUAAACCAGUGCACAACUCUAACAAGAGGGCGGUUCUUUAAAAUAUUUUCGUGUUUUGUUUUCUUUAGCUGCAGUCCUACUCGUCUCACAUAAAACUGUGUGAAGUGCUUCUCAAGGGAUGGGGCUUCCUUUUCCGAUUACUAUGUAGCGGAAUCCCGAACUCGGCGCAACCUCUUGUGAUUUCCCACUCAGACCUGCCAUACUUCCCGUCAUUGCUUUGAGUCUUCUGCCAUUUUUUAAAAACAUUUAUUAUUAUGUGGUUUACCAUGUUAUUGUAAUGAUGGAAAAGUAUUGGAAAGAGAAAAUUACGAUUGACCUGAGUUUGACUUUGAACAUGAUUGAAUGUUCUGUCAGUCCAAUAGACACUAGUGACUUAUGACAAAGGUUUAAUUUUAUGCAAAUCUUAAUAGAGAGUGCUGAAGACUUCUGUCAGAAGUUGUCAAAGUGACAGAACUGCAUUGUUUACGCACAAGUACAAAAGAACAGGCUAUACAUUUAUUACAUAAAAGAUAAACGUGUAAAGAUAAUCCUGUAAAUGCCCUACUACCUAGUUUACAGUGGACAAACAGUUCACAUUUAUCAUUUUUGAAAGAGCCACAUUUAUGGAAAUGGGAUUUUAAUUUUGUAUAUCAGCUAACAUAACCAAAAUGUUGUAAAUAUUAUACAUAGAUUUGAUCUAUAUAUUUAUGCUAAUGCUACUUGCAAUGUUAAAUUGUUUUAAAUUUAAAAGUGGGGUAAAUACACUAUCAUAUGGAAAAUUUUCAAAGAAACUUCAGCCAAUUGUGUGCUAACUUAUACCAAUGGUCACAAAAGGAUGAAGAGAUGUGAUCAGAAUGGGGCCACAUACAUCUCGGAGACAUGAUUACUUUGUCAAAUGCCUGAUUUGCUUGUCUCUUGAGACCUGUUUUUAAUGCACUGAAUACCAUCUUUUAAUAUUGUGAAUUAAAAGUAUUUAUUAUUGUAUUAUGGCUUUGAUAGAAAAAUGCUGAUAAGAUUGAAUAUUUUAGUUCAGUUUAGAAAAGACUGUUUUCAUAUAGUGUAA